GUGACAGAAUCACAGAAUAUUUCUCACGGAGCGGAUGACCGCCUCGAAGCCUCGAUCGAUCGAGCUUUCGCUUGCUUGACAUACCACCCACUAGAUGGCAGGGCAAUACAUGAACUUUUGACAUAACUUUGUAGUUUGUUAGGAAUUUAGUUUUAAGUUAUAACCAAAAAACUUAAAACUUUUGUAAAUUAUAUAUUUGAUUUUAAGUUACCUGUAUAAUACUUUUGUGUUUUAAUUAAUGUAUGGAAUAUGGAUGUAAAUAUCGGUGUUUCAUUAUGUAUCUUGUGUAGUUAGUUAAGUGUGUUAUUUUGUGGAAUUUCUGUUUUAAACUACAAGAAACCAGGCAAAAAUUACACUGAUGAGUCAAAGUCAAUUAUUGACAAUGACAAGUGACAUCUAUAUUCUGUACCACAGAGUCCAUCCUGUACACUACACCGCUUUGUACAGUUUUCUAAUGAGUUUUGUUACUGCUAACAUUUCCUCGUUUUAUAUAGAUGUCGUGACAUUCUGGUAAAAAAAGCAAUGCAAGAAAAUGACAGAGUUUCUACCCCUUUGCGAUGUCCUGUUCAAUGUGAUAUCAUUGGCAGGCUAUUUUUGCGACGUUGUCUUCGAUCUCGUAAUGGGGUAUGCAUUGCUAGAGAGGGGUUACAAAGGAACCUUCGCCGCAACUAUAUCGAUAGUUAUCACGUCACUACUUAUAUCACAGGUUCUCUCCCUACGAUGGUACCUGCACGUGUGGUGGGCUGGAGAGAACAGGAAGGACCGGCCGCCCUGGCUGCCGAUACUGCUGCACUGCCUGCAGGUCGGGGUACUAUGGAGGUACGCCAGACUCCUGGUGCCAGUCGAGUUGAGACGAGUCAAACACCAAGUGAGGGAUCUAUGUAUGCUUCGGCUGGUUCACGCGUUCUGCGAAGCCGCACCAAUGCUGCUGCUGCAGCUCCACAUACUGUACAAGGAGACGGACAUCGAACCGGCGACCAGCGAGCUGGGGGUCAGCCCCGAACCAAACAUAGAUGAGCCGUCGGCGAACUCAGCUGCGUUUGCCGAGCUGAACGUGAUAUCGGCGUCCCUGUCGAUGUUCUCCGUAUGCUGGGCGCUGGCCAGCUUCAGCAAGAACGUGCGUCUCCAGAACGUCCACCGCCUGGUGCUCACCUGGCUCGGAGUCAUAUUCCAGUUCAUGUGGCGACUUGGCACGAUAUCGGCCAGAGUUUGUGCUCUAACUGUAUACGCACUGGUCUACGAACAUUGGCUAUUCUUAGUGAUAGGUCUUCACUGGGUGUCGAUGUUUCUGUGGCUGAUCUCACCAAAGAACGUGUUCCACGGGGAGCACAUAAGCCGCCCCAGAAAGGCGUACCUCUCCGCGCUCAUAGCCUUCGUCUACGUUUUCGCAUACAUCAACCUGCAGGAACUCAAUCAUAGGCAGAAAAUGGUUAUAUUCUACUGUGUAAUGUUCGUGGAGAACGCAGUCCUAGUCGUGUCAUGGUGGAGCGCCGUGGGGAUCCGAGGUGGAGCGCGGGUUCCAGACCCUGCGCGGGUUGCCCCCGCUGCGGCCGCUGCAUUCUUCGCGGGCCUGUUUUGUUGCAUUCUGUACUACCGGUACUUCCACGUUCGUCGGCUGGGGUACAUGCUCGGAGAACAACAGCACGGGACCAAUAGCACUGACGCCUCUCAUCAUAAAAACGGUAAAUCGUGUCAAAACGACAACACAGUCAUUCCAGGUGUGUUCAACUGUAGGUUCUCUAACCCGGUCAAUAAUAGUACCGCAAACGGUCGUAAGAAAAAGAAGCCGACAUCUUUCGUUCCUCCCCCCGCGGCUCCCGUGGCAGCCUUCUGGAGGAGACCUCUACCGCACAACCAUCACGGAGGCUCAUCAGAAAAUGAGGGGUCAAGCGUUGGAUCCAGGGUGAACAUCCAACAGAAGCUGCAAGAAAAGAAGCAGAAACAGCUUGCCGAGCUGCGAGUUAUCGAAGAAGAGAUCAAACAGGGGAAAUUGGCGAAAACAACUCCCGUCGCUGCAGAAGAAAUUUACAGCAGUCUGCAAAGACAGCCCAUACCCAGGGCUAAAACUCAUGCCGAACAACCCGCCUGGCCUAGCAUAGAAGUCUCGCAUUCUUACCAAAACUAUCCGCCCCCACACACCUGCAUUUACUCCACCUAUACAGAAAUCAAACCAGAAUACACCCAGAAUGAAACGAACGACAAACUAGACACCUACGAGUCCAGGACGUUCUAUGAGAAUCCGGCCAAUUUACGUGACAAUACCGCUGUAAGCUAUCGAGGUGAGAACUGCAGGAAUCAGCGCAAUAUUAGCCCGCGGAAUUACGCAAGCGACGCCAACUACGAUGAGAAUCGACAAGAUGAGCAUAGACAAGAGUUCUAUUGCGAGUACAAAGACGAGUAUCUCAAUAGCGGGCUUAUGUCAAUGUCAAAUGUCAACGUCGUUGACAGUAUGCGGGUGUACGAGGGCGGCUGCCAGGUGACAGAUUGUGAAAGGCUCGGGUACCCCGCGCUCAAGAAGAUGGAGUUGUUGAAGAAAAUGCAAAGGUGUCGGACCCCGGAGAUCUUGCUGGCGCCGCACUACCUGGAGGGUUGCGGCAGGCAGGUCUGCUGUCAUUGGCCGGGAACUUACAGCAGGAAAAAGGAAGACAGUUGUGGAGAGCGAGACAGCGGUGAGUGUGCGAGAGAGACGCCACGAUCGCCCAGCGACAUUGACAGCCAGAUAUCACUUCCGCGGUCGUACACUCUGCCGCGCGAGUUCCGCUACUGGCGGCGGCGCCCUCGGCUCCGGGACGCGCACCUCCCCAGCAAUAACAGUAGCGACGGUGACGUUGACAGCUGCGACAAUGACAGCGACAGUCGCUCCAAGUGUUCGGCGUCGUCGCAGCGCCAGCCGCCCACGUACGAGGCGUUCAGCCACCGACACGACGCGUCGCACGACCGACCGCCCGCCGACCGCAAACAUCGGCGCGCGCUGCGGAAACCCGGACACAAGCCAGAAACUAAGUUAUAGUAAUCCGAUAUUAGUGUUCCCCGCAUCGCGUCCUUUAUUACAUGACUGUUGUAAGGGUUUAUAGUACACGUCACGAACUGAUUUGCUAUUUAUUAGAGUUUAUAAUAUGAUCACUUGAGAUAUGUUGGAUCGCAGUGUAAUAUUUUACUGUCCACGCCGUCUUGACUUUCCAGAAUGCGUUACACUCCCUUAGGCAUCCCGUUAUCACAGAUGACACACUUUUCGUGCUAUCGAGUCUGCGGCACACAAAAAGUCUGCAUUGCGCGCAAAAUGUCUGUGGCAGAUAUUUCAGACUCAACGCACACGAUGUACACUUUCGCUCAUUUUGUCGGCAGAUCAGUACGAAUGUACACGCAAUGGAAGUACAGAGAUUGCGGUGUAUUAUUUUGUACUUGAGAUAUAAAAAAGAGGAAGAAAUAGAUAAUUUUGGGUUCCACCUAUUCUUUCAGAACGAUUAUUAAAGCGACUGUUUUAUAUUUAACAUUCAGUUCUAAAACUAUAUCCAAAUAAAUUUGCACACUUCAUCCCACAUUUUUCUUUUUAAAAUUCUGUCAUGAUAUCUGCCAAAGAUGUAUCGCACAGCGCUGGUCUGUUUUCUAUUUCUUGAAUCAACAUCGAUGUCUAACGCAAUGAUACACGUCAAUCACUUAGCAAGUGCAGACGACAGACUAAACUACUAAAGUGAGCGUCGUCUGCGUGUUAACGCGAACGUUGUUUUUGGCGUACUUUUUAUAUGGCGCGGUCUGUCAGAUCUACGAGGAUAUUUUGUGUGUCAGACUUUUUGCCCGUCGUUUGCGGUACUGCAUAUAAUUCUAUAUUGUUUUAUUAUCAGAGACUAAAAAGUGCGUCACGGAUAGUCUGUCGUCUCAAUAUCGAUAUUUAUUUAGACUGUGGGUCUCUGUUGUAAUUCAAUAGUCAAAAUACUUUGUACAGUAACUAUAUUUUAAUUUAUUAGAUAAUAACUAUGUACUGAAUGUAUUCUGUAUUAUAAAUGUAUAAUUAUGUACCAAUAAACUUAGUUCUAAUAGUAUUAUAGAUAAAGGAAUAAAUAAAAGA